AUGGCUGAAGGCGAGGAGGACUUCUCCUCUCUACCCCUCCCCGAUCGCUUUGCUCACAAGAACUGGAAAGUGCGCAAGGAAGGAUACGAGGAUGCUAAGGCACAAUUCGAAAAGUCUCCUGACGAGUCAGAUCCUGUCUUCACACCAUUCCUACAAGACCCCGGGUUGUGGAAAGGGGCUGUAGCAGACUCCAAUGUGGCUGCGCAAGUGGAAGGUCUAGGGUCUUACUGUGCGUUCUUGAAGUUCGGUGGAGUACAAGCAUGCACGAGGACUCGACCUCACACGAUCGGGCCGAUUGCGGAAAAGGGUCUCCCCUGCGCCAGACCAGCGGGCAAAGCCAGUGCCCAGGAAGCCCUCCUACUAUGCGUUGAACUCGACACGGCCGAUCCCGUCCUCGAAGACCUUCUCCCCGUUCUUUCCCACAAAGUGCCUAAAACGAUCGCUGGUGCCCUUGCCGCAUUGACAACCCUCUACCAUAACUUUGGAUGCAAGAUUGUGGACCCCAAGCCGACGCUGAAAGCACUUCCGAAAGUAUUCGGCCACGCUGACAAGAAUGUUCGAGCCGAGGCACAGAAUUUGACGGUGGAAUUAUAUCGAUGGUUGCGGGAGGCCAUCAAGCCCCUCUUCUGGGCCGACCUGAAGCCGGUGCAGCAACAAGACUUGGAAAAGCUGUUCGAGAACGUGAAGCAAGACGCCCCGCCCAAGCAAGAGCGCUUCACCCGGGCACAGCAGGAUGCUAUGGCCACGGCCAGCGCAAGCCCGGGAGCCGGCGACGGAGGGGAUGACCAGGGUGGUGAGGAAUACGCCGAGGAGGAAGCCGAAGAGGUGGAUGUAUUUGAUCUGGCCGAGCCCGUCGACGUUAUGCCCAAAAUCCCCAAGGAUCUCCACGACCAGCUCGGUUCGUCAAAAUGGAAAGACCGCAAGGAAGCGUUGGACGCUCUUUAUACUGCCAUCAAUGUGCCCCGCAUUAAGGAUGGCCCUUAUGAUGAAAUCGUGAGAGCUUUAGCCAAGUGCAUGAAAGAUGCCAACAUUGCCGUCGUUACUGUUGCUGCCAACUGUGUCGAUCUACUGGCAAAGGGAUUGCGCAAUGGCUUCAUGAAAUAUCGAUCUACCAUUAUGGCUCCCAUGCUGGAACGUUUGAAGGAAAAGAAGCAGUCCGUGGCAGACGCUCUGGGACAGGCACUGGAUGCUGUCUUCUCGUCAACGGAUCUCUCGGAUUGUCUGGAGGAAAUUUUGGAGUUCCUCAAGCACAAGAACCCUCAGGUGAAGCAGGAGACUCUCAAGUUCCUGAUCCGCUGCCUUCGCACGACCCGCACUGUACCAGCAAAGCCAGAUAUCAAGGCAAUCGCUGAUGCAGGUACGAAAGCAAUGACAGAGUCCACUGAGGCCCUCCGAUCUGGCGGUGCAGAGAUUCUGGGUACAUUGAUGAAGAUCUUGGGCGAGAGGGCCAUGAACCCUUACCUCGAUGGGUUGGAUGAGAUCCGAAAGACCAAGAUCAAGGGGUACUUUGAGACUGCAGAGGUGAAGGCUAAGGACAGGCCAAAGCCGAUCGUUGCUCCUCCCAAGCCCGCCGCACCAGCCGGUCGAAAGGUAGCUCCAGGGAAGAAGCCUGCUCUGGGAAUGAAGAAACCGGCACCCGCGGCCGCCGCUCCACCUCCAGUAGAAGAGGCCCCAGCUAAGCCUGCCGCCAGGGCGAUCCCUUCGAAGCUUGGAAAACCCGGUCUUGCUCCUACCGGAGCGGGCCUCAAGCUCCAGCGUAAGCUCGGUGGUCCAGGAGGUAUUGCAUCACCACAGCGACGAGUCGUCUCCCCGCCGACGGAAGAAGCAGCACCUCCACCUGCUGCGCCCAAAUUUGGUCUUGGUCGUGGCCUGGCAGGUCGUCCCAUUACUAAGCCUGCAGCACCUGCAGAGCCAGCACCGGCUCCGGCUGCUCCAGCAGUGAGCGCCAUGUCGGCAGCAGACCGUGCAGAAUUGGAGGAACUCCGAGCAGAGAAGGAAAGGUUUAUUCGAACAAUCGAGGAUCUGAAGACCGAGCGCUCCAAGUUCAACUCGCAGAUUACAGAGCUGCAGAACCAGAACGCACAAUUGAUCGAGGAUCAUACCAGGGAUGUUUUGAGCAUCAAGGCCAAGGAGACACAACUGGUGCGCGCACGGAGUGACGCCGAAGCCGCGGAGCAAAAUGUUCAAAAGCAGCAACGGGAGAUUGAGAGGUUAAAGCGCGAAUUAGCACGAGCACUUCGCGCGUCAGCGAUGAGCCCGCCCAAUGCCGGGUCCGAAGCUGGCAGCCUCGGCAUUCCCGACUCUACCUCGAUCUACCAGGAACCUGCCAGCAACGGACAUGUUGCUCGCUCGGGCCUGCAUCUUGGAUCCCGAUUUGAGAGCACAAGGCCACGAAGCUAUGCCUCGGCCAGCCCAAGUGAGGAGAAAGAGAACAAUGGUCUUGAGUCACCAGGGGGACUGGGUAGCCGAGAUGCUGGCCUUGGCCUAGGUCGACGCAAGCUCAGCCCUACCUAUGGUCUUUCUGGAAUUGCAAGCCCCACACGCUCAUCUCGAAACUCUGCCUAUGGAACCGAAGACGAAGGUCCGCCUAGGUCUAUAGAGCCUGCUGAGAAUUGGAAGCGUGCGGCGGAGGUGACAAGCCAGCUGAAGGCGAGAAUUGAACAAAUGAAGGCUCGUCAAGGGCUGUCACGACCACCCGCGCAACGUUAA